CAGUGAUUGGAUUUACUAAUUUACACUAAUUACAUGAAAUUGUAAUGACACAUUAGAAAGAGUCCCAUUUUUUUCAGUAACAGAUAUUUGGUACUGUUUCAGUAUAUCAUAUUCAUUUAAAUUUUCUAUCAAACAUAUCGUACAAGUAGAUAAAUUUAACACACUAGACGAAGGCAAGGAAAUAUAAUAGGAUGAUACUGUUGAAUAAGUUUAAAAAUUUUCAAAUAUUUGGAACUUUCUUAAUUUUCCUAUUUGCUCUUGAGGAAAGUGACGAACGAUAUAUAGAGGGGUUAAAUGUGAAUUUGGGUGAGGCUUUACAGUUCCUCAGAGAAUAUGAUCGUGAAGCAACAGCAAUGUGCAACAGAGUGACUAUGGCACAAUGGCAAUUUGUUACAAACAUAACCGACAAUUACCGACGCAAAAUGCUGGACGAACAAACGCUGAAGGCAAAAUUUGACAGAGCAUCUUGGAGAAAAGCUGUUAGUUUUGCUUGGAGUCGAAUACCAGAUCCUUUAGCAAGACGACAACUUAAAAUGCUUGCAACUCGAGGACGUAAUUCCUUAACUGAUGACAAAUUUAACGAGAUUUACCAUUUGAUAGCUGAGAUGAAAGAACUCUACACCAGAACUAGACUCUGCCCAUACAAAGAAAACGAUCACCAGUGUAAUCUAGUUUUGGAUCCGGAUAUUAAUAAAAUAAUGGCUCAGUCAAAAGACUACAAAGAACUAUCAUAUUAUUGGAGAGCCUGGCACGAGGCUGUUGGACCGCCAUUAAAAAAUAAGUAUAUGCGAUAUGUGAGACUUGCCAAUCAAGCUGCAAGACUGAAUGGUUUCGCUGACGCGGGAGAUCAGAUGCGAGAAGACUACGAAGAUGAUUCUUUUCAGCAAAAUAUCGCCGAAGUGAUCUCUGCAGUUACACCAUUAUACAAGCACUUGUUCACUUAUACCAGGCAUAAAUUAAUUGACAGAUACGGAGAUGUGAUAAGAAAAGAUGGUCCAUUACCUGCUCACAUUUUAGGCAAUAUGUGGGCUCAAAACUGGCAGGGAAUUUAUGAUAUAGUUCAGCCUUUUCCGGCAGCUAAGAAACUAGAUGUCACUUUGGAUAUGAUGCUUCAAGGCAUUUCACCGCUAAGAAUGUUUCAAAUUGCCGAGGAAUUUUUCACAUCCAUGGGAAUGAUACCAAUGCCACCUGAAUUCUGGCGAAUGUCAAUGUUUGAGAAACCAACAAACAGAGAAGUAAAAUGUACAGCAAGUGCUUGGGACUUCUGUAAUCGAAUUGAUUUUAGAAUAAAACAGUGUACUAGAGUGAAUAUGGAAGAUUUAUUCUCAACCCACCAUGAAAUGGCACAUUUACAAUAUUAUCUGCAAUACAGAGAUCAACCAUUACUAUUUCGUAACGAGGCACUACCAGGAUUUCAUGAGGCUGUAAGCGAUGCCAUAGGCCUUUCCAUAAUGACGCCACAGCAUUUACAUCGAAUUGGACUCUAUAACAACUCUACAGAUGAUUAUGAAUCCAACAUUAAUUUUCUGAUAAUGAUCGCUUUGGAAAAAAUAACUUACAUGCCAUUUGCAUACAUCGUUGACCAGUGGAGGUGGAGAGUAUUUAGCGACGGUGAUGCCGAUAUGACGACAAGAUGGUGGGAGCUAAGAUUACAAUAUCAAGGUAUAGUGCCACCAGUAACAAGGUCAGAAAGUCAUUUUGAUCCGGCAUCAAAGUACCACGUUCCUGCUGACAUCCCUUAUGUAAAAUACUUUGUGGGUAUAGUGUUGCAGUUUCAACUAUUUGAAUCACUCUGCGACGUUGCUGGUCACGUAGGAGCGCUACACACUUGUGAUUUCUAUCGUUCCCGUGAAGCUGGUCGCCUACUUUCGGAUGUUUUGUCAGUGGGCUCAUCAAGAAAUUGGAAAGAUACAAUCAGAGAGAUGACACGUGGUCGAACCGAUCGGCUCGACGCAGGAGCAAUGCUAAGAUACUUUGAGCCACUUGCUCAAUGGCUAAGACGACAGAAUCAAAUGGAGCCAGUAAUAGGUUGGAUAACCAGCCAGGAAGACACAGAAAUGUUACUUUCUGUUUCAGCACUUUUCGCACACUGGUACAAAAGCAAGUCGACUUGUUUAAAGCCAACAUCCAUAGCUUUGUUAUUAAUAUUGAACACUUUAUAUUGGAUAACAUAAAUGCAAGACUUAUUUCACCAAUGUAUAUACAGAGGCGUCGAUUAUUUAUUUUAUGAUGAAAUUAAUGAUUUCAAUUCUACAUACUUG